AUGGCCAAAAUUCAAGUCAAAGGAGGAAUGGAUAGUUUUAUUCAUGGAACCUUGAGAGAUCACCUCUACAACACGAAUAAUCCCCCAUUACAAUGGGAAAAAAGGCUCAAAAUGUGUAUUGCUGCUGCACAUGGGCUACAUUAUCUUCAUAGAGGUCCCAACCACAUCAGCAUUCACAGAGACGUGAAGACCACAAAUAUUUUGUUAAGUGAGAAAUGGGUGGCCAAAAUAUCUGAUUUUGGAUUGUCUAAACUGAACAACCUGUCCAACACGCAUAUCAGCACUGCUGUCAAGGGCAGCUUUGGCUACUUGGAUCCUGAAUACUUCCGUCUUCAACAACUGACAGAGAAAUCAGAUGUGUACUCUUUUGGCGUGGUGUUGUGCGAAGGUAAGAUCAGCCUUCCAAGUCUGUUAAAAUUUGGUGAAGUAGCUACAAGUUGUUUGGCUUCCGAGGGGAUUAAAAGGCCGGUAAUGAGUGAAGUAGUGUGCGGACUUGAGCUUGCAAUGCAGCUGCAGGAGAGUGGAAUUAAUGGAAACGAUGAGAAUCAUGUAAAUGACUCAACAGCCAUUGAUUAUCAUGUGUUGUUUACUAGUGGUAGUGGAUCAUUGAAUGUUGGUCGCUAG